AUGGUCGCGCUGCGGAAGCCGGUAUCGACGCUCUCGAUCCCCGGCGCGAUGAAGGCGUACUCCGGCGGGGGGAGAGAUGCGGGGGGCGAGGAGGCUGGCGUUGCACUAGUUGGCGUCCACAGCGAGUAUCCGCGCUUCGGUGAAGAACGAGCGCUUGGCGGCGGCACGUAUAAGGGCGGGGGGACAGCUAAGCACAAACCCAAUAUAGGAUAUAGAUUAGGUAGAAGAAAGGCGUUAUUUGAAAAACGGAAAAGAAUAAGUGACUACGCUUUAGUAAUGGGAAUGUUUGGUAUUAUAAUUAUGGUUAUAGAAAAUGAACUCUCAAGUGCCGGUGUAUAUACUAAGGCAUCAAUAUAUUCGCAAGCGUUGAAGACGCUUAUAUCAAUGUCGACUGUGAUUUUACUUGGCCUAAUCGUCGCGUAUCACGCUUUAGAAGUACAGUUAUUUAUGAUAGACAACUGCGCUGACGACUGGCGGAUAGCAAUGACAUGGCAGCGGAUAGCUCAAAUUGGCCUCGAACUUGCUAUUUGCGCCGUUCAUCCUAUCCCAGGGCAGUAUACCUUUACUUGGACGACAAAGUUGGCUAAUAAAGGAGGUGUCAUCGGCGUUGAAGUUGGCACGAUGUAUAAGCAAAUUCAGGUUCCGUAUGAUGUUACGUUGUCUCUGCCAAUGUUCUUUCGUCUAUAUUUAAUAUGCAGGGUCAUGUUGCUUCACAGUAAAUUAUUUACCGAUGCUUCAUCAAGGAGUAUAGGAGCUUUAAACAGAAUUAAUUUUAAUACUAGAUUUGUCUUGAAAACCCUUAUGACAAUUUGUCCGGGCACCGUAUUACUAGUUUUUAUGGUAUCUCUUUGGAUAAUUGCGAGUUGGACGCUCAGGCAGUGUGAAAGGUUUCACGAUGAAGAACACGCUAACCUACUGAAUGCGAUGUGGCUCAUUGCUAUAACGUUUCUCUCCGUCGGUUUUGGUGACAUAGUGCCAAACACUUAUUGCGGCAGAGGUAUUGCUGUUAGCACCGGUAUUAUGGGGGCGGGAUGUACAGCAUUAUUAGUGACCGUUGCUUCAAGAAAAUUAGAGUUAACUAGAGCGGAGAAACAUGUCCAUAACUUCAUGAUGGAGACACAACUUACAAAAAAGCUGAAAAAUGCUGCAGCCAACGUGCUACGAGAGACAUGGUUAAUAUACAAACAUACUCGGCUCGUGAAACGAGUCCAUCCAGGAAGAGUGAGGACUCAUCAGAGAAAGUUUUUAUUAGCUAUUUAUGCGUUACGAAAAGUCAAGAUGGAUCAAAGAAAAUUAAUGGAUAAUGCCAACACAAUAACAGAUAUGGCAAAGACCCAGAACACAGUUUAUGAGAUAGUAUCAGACAUGAGCACAAGACAAGAUACUAUUGAAGAGAGGCUGACUAGUUUAGAAGAAAAACUUACUUCAUUACAGGAGCAAGUAAACAAUCUGCCGGAUGUAAUGGCGCGGUGUCUGCAGCAGUGUUGGGAGCGAGCAGAGCAACGGAAGAACUUCUUGCAUCCCGACACUGCUGCAGUGCCUACACCGCCAUCAUCGACAAUUACUCCUUAUACUAGAACGCUAGUGACAGCAGCACAUCCGUGGCCGCAGAGCCCAGUGCUGCAGCCGGCAGGACGGACGCACUCAGCACCAGAAAGUACCACAACCCACACACCUUCGCCGGCUCAGCCGCAGCCUUCAAGCCCUGCUCCCCACGCAUCUCGACCUCCUCUACCCAGCUGA